GCGGUGGAUCUCUCCGGGCGGGUGGGGGGAUUGACAGCUUGACACGUGUCUUCAUGUGAAGAGAGUUUGAUCGCUGACUGCUGCUGUGAAGGAGCUUGGAGAUUGGUGAUCGUCAGGAGCAAGGAGGGAAAUGAGAAAGGAGUACGAUUGAACGAUUGAUUGACACGUGUCUUCACGUUGGGAGGACAGGAGGGAGAGGAGGAAGUUAAAAAAGAGGGGAGCGCGGGCGGCGGCAAUUCCGGUCGGUCGAAGGUACGGAAGGACAAACAAACGAAUGUUCAAAGAAGGUACGGACUCGAGAAAGUGAAAAGUCACGUGUCCUCAUCAAAGCUUAGCCUAGCCUAGACGCGCUCUCGCGCUCUCGCUCGGUCGCUCGCUUGCUCGCUUGCUUCCGUGGUUUCCAUAGUGUGGACACACCCCAAUCAAUCAACAAUAUUAAAUCUACAAAUCACGGGCUGGAAGCAGGGUGAAUCGUGCCACCAUCUCAACGCAAUUUACCUCGUCCUGCGUUCAUUCUUCCUCCUGUUCUUCUUCUUCUUCUUCUCUUGCCUUCUCAUUCUUUUCCUCCUUUCUUUGUGUUCUCCUCUUUCGCCGACUUCCUUCUCUCUUCUGUCCUCUUCUCCAUUGCGACGAUUUUGGUGCUGUCAUUCUUCUCCUUGUUGGACCGAGUCAUACAUUCAUUCCUCCUUACAUUGAGACGUGACGCUCUCACCGAAUCCCCACAUGCCCCUUCUCAUCUAAUCACACGUCGUUCUCUCUGACUUCCUAAUUGUAAGGUCAUCGUUGAUCGGUCAAAGCAAUAGACAUCUCCUCUCUUCUUGUUUGUCACUCCGACACGGAAGCCUGAUCUGAUUAUCGUCCUUCUAUCCCGUGGCACAUAGUCAAUCUUGUCCCCACCUCGUUGUUGUUCUCUAAUAGUUGUUGCCAUUGACUUUCCGCCCUGUAGGGCGAAUCGUUGUCCCGGUUUUUUGUUUGCUGCAACGCCAUCUCUCUCUUUCUCUUGUCUCUCUCUCUCUCUCCCCCCGCUUGUCUCCUCUCACGUACGUUGAGAACGGUCUUUCGGGGCGUUUCUCGUUGAAGAUCGCCGGCUCCGCUGUGAUAACGACGGCACGGAGGGGGAGAAAGGGGAGGGGGGAGAUUGGGGCUAUCUGUUAAGUCCUGCGGUCGAGGCGGGGCAGCUGCUGUGCUUGCCUGUGCGGCGAGGGAGAGAGAGGGAGGGAGAAAGGAGGAGGCAGGACGGAGAAGGGUUGGCGAGCGAGCAACAGGUGGAAUACCCUGAAGGCACUGACAGAGAUAAGACGACGCAGGACUCGCCCUCGGUUCUCAGGAGGCUGAACCUGUGGCAAACCUAAUUUCGUUAGCCGUUUUUGGAGCGCGUUAGUAUUAGAGAACGAGAGGAAUAUAGGAAAGAGGAGGCGCUGCAGUGGGAGGAACACGUGUGCGAGGAACACGUGUGCAGACCCGUGUCGGCCGGGAUCUCGUUGCCAGUGAAUAAUAACAGGUUGACAGACAGUAUACGGAGUAUAAUAACAGGUUGACAGACAGUAUACGGAGUAGGUGGUCGACGGAAGAGGAAGUAGGAGGAACGGAGAGGAGGAGCGGAGGAGAGGAGACGAUCGAAGCGGAGAGAACAUUUGCCGCGCAGGUGAGAGCGAGCGAGCGAGAGAGAGAGAGAGAGAGAGAGAGAGAGAGAGAGAGAGAGAGAGAGAGAGAGAGAGUGGAGGGGGAACGGAGAAACGGUGGAGAGAGGAGUGACAGAAGAGGGAGGACAAGAGAAGGCAGGUAAUCAGUAUGACUAGAGUGGAUGCGGCCAUGGAAGAUCGUGGGGACGAUUACAUUUCCGAGGCGCCGAUGGCCGAAGCCGUUGGCAAUACGGAGACGAUGGAGGUGGUGGCAUCGAACGACGGGAUCCCGACUGUAGAAAACCAACCGUCUGUCGCGGCGGAAGACCCCCACAGCGGGACUUUCCGAUGGCCGAUCGACAACUUCUCGAAAUUGAAUGUGCGCAAACACUAUUCAGAGAUGUUCACGGUAGGCGGUCACAAAUGGCGAGUGCUGAUAUUCCCCAAGGGCAACAACGUGGAUCAUCUGUCCAUUUACCUUGAUGUGGCCGACUCGGGGACGCUGCCUUACGGGUGGAGCCGCUGUGCGCAGUUCACCUUAGGCGUGAUUAAUCAGAUUGACCCUAAGUAUUCCAUCAAGAAGGAUACAUGUCACCAGUUCAAUUCCCGCGAAAGCGACUGGGGUUUUACCUCUUUCAUGCCUCUUCAAGAUUUGUACGACCACUCCAAGGGUUUCUUGGUGAACGAUACCCUAGUCAUCGAGGCUGACGUUGUUGUGCGCAAGGUUGCUGAUCCUUGGGCUUACGACUCUAAGAAGGAGACGGGAUUUGUCGGCUUGCAGAACCAAGGCGCGACCUGCUACAUGAAUUCCCUACUCCAGACUCUCUAUCACAUACCCUAUUUUCGAAAAGCCGUUUAUCACAUGCCCACAACGGAGAACGAUAUGCCGUCCAAUAGCAUUCCGUUAGCGCUACAGAGUUUGUUCUACAAGAUUCAGAACAGCGACACCAGCGUGGCGACCAAGGAUCUAACGAAAUCCUUCGGCUGGGACUCGCUGGACUCGUUCAUGCAGCAUGACGUGCAGGAGCUGAAUCGUGUUCUGUGCGAGAAGCUGGAGGACAAGAUGAAGUCGACGGUGGUGGAGGGAACGAUACAGAAGCUGUUCGAAGGGCAUCUGCUAAGUUACGUGGAGUGCAUCGAUGUGGACUUCAAGUCGACGAGGAAGGAAUCGUUCUACGACCUGCAGCUGGAUGUGAAGGGCUGCAAGGACGUCUACGAGUCGUUCGACAAGUACUGCAUGGUGGAGCGAUUGGAAGGGGAUAAUCAGUACCACGCGGAGCAUCACGGAUUGCAGGACGCGAAGAAGGGGAUACUGUUUCUGAACUUCCCGCCGGUUUUGCAGCUGCAGUUGAAGCGAUUCGAGUACGACUACAUGAGGGAUACGAUGGUGAAGAUCAACGACCGAUACGAGUUCCCUCUGCAGCUGGACUUGGACAGAGAUAACGGCAAGUACUUGGCCGUGGACGCCGACCGCAAUGUGCGCAAUCUGUACACUCUGCACAGCGUGCUCGUGCACAGCGGGGGUGUGCAUGGGGGGCAUUACUACGCCUUCAUUCGGCCCACGUUGUCCGAUCAAUGGUACAAGUUCGACGACGAGAGGGUGACCAAGGAGGAUGCCAAAAGGGCGUUGGAGGAGCAGUACGGAGGGGAGGAGGAGCUGCAAACGAACCCCGGAUUCAACAACACGCCGUUCAAAUUCACUAAGUACUCGAACGCCUACAUGCUGGUGUAUAUCAGGGAAUCGGACAAGGACAAGAUUAUGUGCCAGGUGGACGAACGGGAUAUCGCGGAGCAUUUGCAGAUACGACUGAAAAAGGAGCAGGAGGAGAAGGAGCGGAAGAGGAAGGAGAAGGCGGAGGCGCACCUGUACACGAUCGUGAAGGUCGCGCGAGACGAUGAUCUGCGAGAACAGAUAGGCAAGGACAUCCACUUCGACCUGGUGGAUCACGAAAAGGUGCGCUGCUUCCGCAUUCAGAAGCACUGUUCGUUCAAGACGAUCAAAGAGGAGUGCGAGCGGGAGUUCCACAUUCCUGUGCAGUGCCAGCGGUUCUGGCUAUGGGCGAAGAGACAGAACCAUACCUAUCGACCGAGCAAGCCGUUGACACUGCAGGAGGAGCUGCAAAACGUGGGUCUGCUAAAGGAGGCGUCGAACAAGACGCAUAAUGCGGAGCUGAGGCUGUUCCUGGAGGGCACCCCCGUAACUGCCGAGGGUGUGCCCGUGCCUCUGCCCGAGCGCUCCAAGGACGACAUCCUCCUGUUCUUCAAGCUGUACAAUCCGGAGAAGGAGGAGUUGAGGUACGUGGGGAGGAUGUUUGUGAGGUGGCAGAGCAGACCUUUCGACGUGAAACAGAGGAUCACCGACAUGGUCGGCUUCGCUGCCAACGAGGAGGUGGCGCUGUACGAGGAGAUCAAAUUCGAUCCGACGGUGAUGUGCGAGCCGGUCGACAAGAAGGCCACCUUCAAGGCAAGCCAGCUGGAGGACGGCGACAUCAUCUGUGUCCAGAAGGCCGUUUCCGGUCGGGAUCUCGAGAAGUACAGGUAUCCCGACGUCCCGUCCUACCUGGAGUACGUGAGGAACCGGCAGGUGGUCCAGUUCCGUCGUCUGGAGAAGCCCAAGGAGACGCACUUCAUGCUGGAGCUCUCGAAGCAGCACACGUACGACGAUGUCGUUGAGAGAGUUGCCAGGCAUAUUGGCCUCGACGACCCGCAGAAGAUCCGUCUCACCGCUCACAACUGCUACUCCCACGUCCCCAAACCUCAGCCAAUCAAGUACCGCGGGGUGGAGCGCCUCAGCGACAUGUUGAUUCAUUACAAUCAGACUUCGGAUAUCCUCUACUACGAGGUUCUGGAUCUUCCCUUGCCAGAACUCCAGGGACUCAAGACGCUGAAGGUUGGCUUUCAUAAUAGCAGGACGGAGGAGGUGUGUGUGCUCAACAUCCGCCUGCCGAAGCAAAGCACGGUAGGCGACGUGAUCAACGAACUAAGGAACAGAGUGGAGCUCUCCAACCCGAAGGCGCAGCUGCGCAUCCUCGAAGUGUUUUAUCAUAAGAUUUACAAGAUAUUUCCGUUGACGGACAAGAUAGAGAACAUCAACGAUCAGUAUUGGACGCUGAGAGCUGAGGAGAUUCCAGAGGAUGAGAUGGACCUGGGGCCUGAAGAUCGGCUAAUCCAUGUCUACCACUUCACAAGGGAUGCGGCGUCCAACUCCAUGGUACACAACUUCGGGGAGCCGUUCUUCCUCGCGGUGAGGGAGAACGAAACGCUAGCAGAGGUGAAAGAGAGGAUCAAGAAGAAGCUAGGGGUGCCAGAUGAUGAAUUCGCGAAGUGGAAGUUUGCUUAUCUAUCGCUGAGCAGGCCGGACUACCUGCAGGACACGGACAUCGUGGCAAGUCGGUUCCAGAGAGACACGUAUGGCGCUUGGGAGCAUUACCUGGGCCUUGAGCACGCAGACACAGCCCCCAAGAGGCCCCAUCAGUCAAACCAGAACAGACACAGCUUCGAGAAACCAGUCAAGAUCUACAAUUGAUUGAUUGGCCAGGGUCUUGUGAUUGAGUGGCUGCUGGCUCAUCGACGACGCUGCGUCGCACAAAGAAGUCGCACACAUUGUCACAUGCGCACUCUACUACUAGUCGAACUCGCUCUCUCACUCCUACGCUCUGUUGAACAGCACACACUGAUUCGUUGAUCGAUCGAUCAAUUGGUGGGUUGAGUGGUUGGUUGAUUACUUGAUUGAUUAAUUGGCUGAUUAAAAUGAGUGGUCGAUUGAUUGACUGAUUGAUUGAUUGGUUCAUCAAUCGAUUGAUUGAUUGACUGACUGGUUCAUGGAUUGAUUGAUUGAUUGAUUGAUUGACUGAUUCAUUGAUUGAUUGGUUGGUUCAUCUGCUGAUCGAUUGGUUCGUUGAUCGUUGAUUGGUUGGUUGGCUAACGGACGAAUGAUAGAUCGAUCCGGCAAUCGAUUGCUCAAUUGAUGAGCUGAUUGAUUGAUUGAUUGAUUGAUUGAUUGAUUGAUUGAUUGAUUGGUCGGUGGGUUGAUAGAUCGACCGAUCAAUUGAUUGAUUGGGGUUCGGCAGUGUCAGUCAGGUUUGUUUUACAGGUCAUCCAUCAGUCAGGCGCAUGCGUUCGCUCAUCGCUUCACUCAAAUCAAUCGAUCAUUCAAUCAAUCAAUGAUUGACUGUCUGUCCAUUACACCCAUUCAUGUUUGCAAUCAAAUCACUUGAUAUGGCUGCUGCAGGUUGGCCGCGAGACUGGCAAUCGCUGCCAGCAGGCAAACAAUGCCAGCUGCCAACGUUGGAGGGCUUACACUUUGAUUCAAUUCAACCAAUCGGCAUUCGCGAUUUGCAUGGAUGAACGUCACUUUUUCCGGUAUGUCAUCCUCCAUACCUGUCUACCAUAGCUUGUGAGAUGCUUAUCGCGUGCUUGGAAGAACGAACAGCAGAGAGUUCACUGACAAGUCAGAUGAGGUGGUCGAAGGUGGCAAAGGGGAUGUAAAGGAGAGGGUUUGGACGUGAUCCAGUGUGGUGGUCUCAGGGUUUGAAGGGGUAUUCGAUUUGUCUAUGGAUCCUUCUGCUUUUCAGGUGCUCUUCCUCGGCGGCGUUGUAGAUUAAUGGCACGAGCCUGACCUCAGCGAUUCCGAGCUUUGCUUGUUUCCGUAACUACAAGUUGGGCAUGUGUAUUCACAGGUUUCGGGUUGGGGGCGAGUUCCCGAGCUGUUUCGAACGGAACCAUACCAGAGCUGUUUCGAACGGAACCAUACCAGACCAAACUGGACCAAAUCAGGCCGGGCCGCACCUUUCGAAGAUGCAGGGACGUGCUUGCUCACACGUGUAAUGUGUACUCAGCAGCAGUGCAGUGUUCGGGUUGGUGUUUCGUGCCCGGGCUGCACUGGACCUUAACCAAACUAGACUGGAUCGGACGACAACAUACGGAACCGAAACGAACCGAGAACCGAGCCUUUGGGAUCGGUUGGUCGGAAAUGACGGGGCGUGCGGCCGUGCUUGCUUCCGCCUGGAAUGUGUACCCGGGCAGGCAGGGUGUUCAGUUCAUUCCCACAGCGGUCAGGGGGUUUGAAGUUGGGUGCGCCUGUUUGCUUCUCUUGGCAUCUCUCUGAUCCGGAGCAGUUUGGCUGGGUAUAGACUCUGAUAUGUAUAGACUCACCCUUACCCCUUCGCGAGGCUGCUUGUCAAAACCCUUUUCGUCUUCUGCGCUCUGUGUUUCUUCGUUUUUGAGGCGGUGUAGUCGCGGCUCCAACAGGCGUGUGCGAGGUUCCGGAAAAGGGGUCUGUUAUGUAACCCCCCCCGUUUGCAUGCUCCCGAUCCCUGUCACUUGCUUGUGUGGCUUUUUGGCACUCGCUUGUGUGGCAGUUUGGCAUGAUCGGCUAUUUUAGGGGUCGUACUCAGCUGCCGGCUAGCUAUGCUUCUGCUUUGCUGCAACUUUCUCUGUGCCUGGUUCUUAGGCCCGACCUCCUCCUCGACAGGCGCACCUCGCUUGUCUCAUCUGCUGCAGGGGAGUUGCGGUGAUGGCAAUGAUUGUCGCAAAGCCUGACUGCAUGCCGGGGCUUAGAUCUUGCACUUGCUGUUUCUCUGGCCUCUGUUUGUAUAGGCUUUUACUGUCUCUGGUUUGUGGUCGUGUGGGUGGCAGCGGUUUGAUGCAGAGGGUCAUUGCAUGCACACCGUUGUCCUUCCUAGAUGGAGAAUUAGCAGAGGCUGUUUUGCCAUGUGUAUGCACCGCAACUCUUGUCCCCGCGAUGGUGUUGGUAAGCUGGACUGCCUUGGUUUGCGUGAGUGUCAUGUGUGCUUGCACAUCCAACUUCAGAUCUCGACCGCUUGGGCCUGUUUUCCUGUGGCGUUUUUUCUGCUCUUCCAGAGCUGCUGUAUGCCACAAGCCUGGCUGACUUCGGUUGCGUGAGUGCCUGUGCAUUCAUGUGGGCAUGCCUUUUAGGGUUGUGGUUCAGGAGGGGGAAUUGUAUGUGUGUUCUUUGCUAUGCGGUGUCAGCAUCGGUGAGGGUAGCAGGCGCUUUUGGGUUGACUUGAGGAAUUGCUGCGUGCGCAUGACUCCAAUGCGGAGGCAGUUUGGGAGCUUGCACGAGGGUGGUUGGUAGAGAGAAAAGGGCAAUGCGCGUGUGUGGAAGAGCGGAGAGAGGAACUUGUACAUGUACGAUAGCGAAUUGCAUGGCGCAGAGUGUAGAAGUUGGGAAACUCUUCUUCUGCAGUCCCUCAAAACCCAUACUCUCCCCUCCACCGCCGCCUCCCUUCCUGCCUGACGAAGAGACGGGCAAUGCGAGAGGGUGGUUGGUAGAGAGAAAAGGGCAGGAGAGGUUGAUGAAAGUCCGGAGGUAAACUCUUCUUCUGCAGUCCCUCAAAACCCAUACUCUCCCCUCCACCGCCGCCUCCCUUCCUGCCUGACGAAGAAACGGGCAGGAGAGGUUGAUGAAAGUCCGGAGGUAGCAGAGCCUAACCGGUAGGGAAACACUCCUUUUAUCCCCUUGCGGUUCGGGAGACGUUCCCUUGCUCAUCCAUUUUCCUUGUUGUCCUAGCUGACGGGCUGUGUCCUUGUAUCUGGGUCAUGACUGGGAUUCGCUCCAUUGGCGGGUUGGUCGAUCUAUAUUUGUCAUCACCGCAUAUGGUCUGCUCCUCUCCGUGCCUAGGGUGGUGCACUUCUGCAUCUGCGCAGCUGAGUUAGCACUCUGGAAUCGUGGCAUUGAUGGGGAGGCGAUGGGGGGUGAUGGCCAUGACGACAACGAGGAAGAAAGAAGCAAAGAGAACAAUUGCGGCUGCAUUGCCGAGUGCGCGGAGCGUGAGUUAGUAGUCCGAUUGCCGUGGGUUACUCGUUGGCAGAGUUGGAAGGAGCACUUUCUGCCAUGCUGUGGGCCAUGUGCAUUGAACGAGAGGGAGGGACGCGUGUGUGGAUCUGAUAUUUGAGAUUGUGCAGAGUGGGAAGCAAUGCAGCUCUGAAGGGGAGGGAGUGUGAGGCAGGGAGGUUGUGUGUGCAGAUCUGAUAGCCCGAAUGGGAGGGAGAGUGAGGGCGGUAAGUGGGGUGUGUGCCGACGUAAUUGUUGCGACUGUGCGGUCUGACAACGAAUGCAAUCCUGAAGGGGAUGGAUAGAGAGUUAGGGAGGUAGUGUUUGUGAAUCUGAUAGUUUUGCAUUGUGCGGUCUGACGAUGAAUAUAGCCUUUAUGACUGAGAUCAUGAAGGUGAGAGGCGCAGCAGCGAAGGAAAGAAGUGACGGUAUAGGUGACAGGAAAACGGAUGAAGCCUUUUCCUCCUUCCGUGUGUGUGUGUGUGUGUGUGUGUGUCUGUGUGUGUGUGAGAGAGAGAGAGGGAGAGAGAGAAAGAGGAUAAUGAGAGCAGUGGUAGUGUAGAUAGCGCCUAUUGAGUGCAAUAUGUUGUGCUGAUCUUUUGUCUGUUUUCUGGUAUAGCCGAUCGGUGGGCUGCAGUUUCCCUAGCUGAUGAUUGGAGGAUCCUCUGUGAUGGAGUGUAAUGCUUUUGCUUUUUCCUAGUUUACGAUCUUGAGCGAUUGACGCGGAACACGCAGCUGCCUACUCUCUCUGUAAUUUUCUUCCGUUCCCACCGACUCCUUUUGUAGAGAGUCCAGAUUGCCCCUUCUCAACCAAGAUGGCCUUUUUACUGACCCAGUUUUCUGUUGGCCGGCAGCCGCGCAUCUGUCAUUGAUUCUUUGGCAUCGGUCAGGGUUUCCAAAGCUGUAUUUGUUGUUUAUCUGUCUCUGUCCAUAACUUCUUAUAGGUGGAGGAGAGGUAUACCUGUCAAGUGCCGUGUUUCUCUUGGAAGGCGCUUGUUUGCUCGCUGAGGAUGCUUUAACUAGCAGGGGAAUGUCUGGUGAGGCUGCGGCAAGGUCGGGUUUUGGUGAUUCGUCCAAGAAUGUUUGAUAGGUGAAAUCGAACCAACAAUUCAUUCUUUUUCUGCGGGUACCAAGCCAUUUUCGUGCCUGUGUCCUGAGGCUGUGUUUUCCAUAUAUUCGGAAAAGAGAGAACGGCAAGUGUGGCCAUUAUCUGUGUGGGAUGAAAUCCUGGAGAGAGGAUGGGACAGGGAGCUUGGUCGUCUAAGAUCCUGCUCCCAUUAUUGGGUGACAGUCUGCUUCAAACACAGUACCACCUCACUCUGAAUUACUAGCCAGCCACGGGUUGCUGUCUUCUAAAUCGCUCAGCCUGUAUUGCUCCCGUCUUCAUUCCUGGCAUUAACUACCGGACUCGGUCUAAUAUUUCCAAAUAACCGGACCAAGCUUGAAUGGUAUCUGCGUUACGUGGUCUGGUUUUCUGCCGCCUCUAGAUUGCGAGGCCUUUUUCUGCAAUGUCUCCUAUGGAUUAGGAGGACUUUUAUGCAUAUUGUUAUCGCUGGGUAAAUACUUUAUCGACAGGUGUCAGUUAAAUAAACUGCAGGGCUGGAUCUGAGCAAAAGUUCAUCGACAGGUGUCGCUUACACUACGGCACUGCAUUUCUAUCAUGAAGGGCAUUUGCGCAAAAAGUAGGGCUUCAGUUUUGCCCAUAGGGAUUGCUACACUGAAUUAGUACGGAUAUGGCCCUGUUAUGCCAUUUUGGUGUCCUAUGUGAAACUCCCAUUUGCGUCAUUAGGUGGUCGUUUAAGUAAAAUGUGGUUGUCCUGUCACCCGGGUGUGUGUUUCCGUCACCUGAUCUGUGCAGGUAUGACCUGGGAAUUCGACCGCAGAGUUUGCUAAACAGAGUUUGCUAUGCUUUACUUAUCUCCUGCAAAUUUAGUGUGAUUGAACUUAACUACGGUUAAUGAAUACAUGUUUCUGUG